AUUCAUCCUUCAAGCUUUGAUUUCAUCCUUUGUUUUGUCGAUUAGAUUUGGGUAGUAUGUUGUUCGAAAUUCCUUCCUAAAAUCCACUUAAGGGUUCCAAUUUUUGUAGACAUUUUGCUCCAGUUUGUUGGUAUGUUACUAAAUUUUUUGCACUAUUCUUACUGCUCCCAUGCCCUGUUUUUGCACAAGUUCUGUUGUUAACUACUUUUGCUUCAUUUUGGUUGUAAAUUCUGCACUAGACCCGCGUGCCCUGCUCUUCCUCUCCCCCGACCCUCUACACUCGACGAGCUCCCCCCAACUACCGCCACCCAUUUUCCGGCCGGAAAUCCGGCAAAGCUUUGGGAUUUCUCCUUAUUUUCUUGUCUUAGAACACCUAGUAAACCCAGAAAUUCCCCCUCUUUGCUGGAAAUUCCAGAUCUGCGCUGUCUUCUUCCCUUUGUCCGUCGGCCUCUGCUUGUGUGGGUGUGAAUUCUCGGCUUUUCUGAAUUUCCCCCAAAUUGCCGCCGGCCUCUUCCCCCUGCCAUGUCCGGUUCUGCAGCUGGAAAAUUUCUGGUAGGUUGGCUUCUUUAAUUCUUGAAAAUAGUUGAUUGAUGGUUGCCUAUGUUGUCCAAAUUCUGUAGAAAAUGGGGGAGGAAUUCCGGUAGCUUUAGGACAAAAUUUAAGCAUUAAUUCAAGUGAAAAUUUUGUGAUUGAGUGCUAAUUGAUUGCUGUGAUGUUUUGUGUGAAAAUCCCGUGUGUGUGAGUUGUGGUUUGCCAAAGCUAUGCCCUCCAUGUGCUGCCCGUGAGGUUGGGGAAAU